UUGUUGGUGCAGCCGGGCCCUAAGCCUGAGACGAGAACAUAUUCAGACUACGAGAGUGUUAAUGAUUGUAUGGAGGGAGUCUGUAAAAUAUAUGAAGAGCAUCUGAAAAGGCGGAAUCCUACGACUCCUACCAUAACAUACGAUAUAUCGCAAUUGUUUGAUUUCGUCGAUCAGCUUGCAGAUUUAAGUUGUCUAGUAUACCAAAAGUCAACAAAUACAUAUGCACCAUAUAAUAAGGAUUGGAUUAAAGAGAAAAUAUAUGUCCUUCUCCGUCAAGCGGCCGGCCAGAGCGAUUGA